AUGACCAGGAAGGGAAGAAAUGGGGUUAACGAGAGUGAGGGAGAACAACAGCUCAUGCCCAACAACUCUGAUGCACCCAGUGAAGAUCAGGGUGAAGAAAUCCAACAGCCAGAAGAGCAUACUCCAGCAGGGCAGCGAACACAAAGAGCAGGCACACAGCCAUCCAGAUGUCGAUUGCCUUCACGUAGGACACCUGCAACAUCCACCAAUGGAGCAGUCAACCUUCCUGGAGUCCUUGCAUGGCCUAUCCAGUGGGUUGUCAGCCCAUAUCAACUGCCUGCUGUUCUUCAGUUUUAUCCUGAAUUUCUCCUGGUUUUUAAAGAUUUCCAUGAUGUGUCCCAAUGUCUGAAGGCCAAUGUCAAAGAGAUCAGGCUACCCAUCAUCCUUCACCUCUUUACCCUCUACUCCCAUCUGCCUUUCCUCCCUACACUUCUUUUUCUUUCUUUCUUUCUUUUACUUCUGCUUCUUAUCAUUCUUUUCAUUCUUCUUCUG